AUGACGGCGCGUGAGGCGGUGCUGACGACAAAGGCAAUGUUGGCUGCCGUGCCAGGGGCGUCACUCCUCUCACGUGAGGCGUUCAUUACGAUUUGCGUAAAGGCGUCACUUGCUUUCCUCCAGAAGAGGGGGUGGCAGAGGAGCAGCAACAAAGGCGGCAAGCGCGACGGCGACGGUGAUGGCAGACGGAAGCCACGUGCCUUGUUGUCCCCGCACACCGAUGUGACGCAGAGCAAGGGAAAUAAUUUCACCCACCACCACAGCUACCAUCAGCCGCCGCAGCACUGCCGAAGUAACAGUGGUGGCGGUAACAAAAAUAACGCGGCGCAGCUGAGGCCUCGACAUGGCACAUCAGGGCGAUGGAGUGUAGAUGAGCAAGAAAAGGAACCACCUCAACACCGGUGGCGAUCGCCGUUUAGCGAGGGCGAGUUGAGGCGCCUGCGGGAGUUGGUGGAGAGAGAGUACGCCGCGUUGCACCGUGACAUUGCCGCAGUCCCAGGCGAUGUAGUUACCACGCAGUUUACCGCUCUACCGCCCGCUAAACAGGAGGCGGUCACAAUUAUUCGGCAGGCGUUACAGGAUCCAUACCGCCGUGGCGCCAUCUCCAGGCAUCACUAUUCCGCCAUUGUGCUUGCGGUGAUGGAAACGCUGUUUCCCGACCUUGUUAGCGUAACGAGUGAUUCCACACUGCCAGGCAGCAGAAGUCCCAGUAGGAGUAGUAGUCGUAACGGUGGUGGCGGCGCCAGCAGCAACAAUGUGAGGGGAAAUGUCGUUAAAGGGGCGAUGGUGGAGGGGGUGGAGGAAGAAGAGGUCUUUGUGGAUCCUCCGCAAGAUCCACAUGCCGCACUGCGCCCGGAUGUGGUUGAGCUAACAAUGCAUCUGACAGAGCGAGCACUGCAGCAUUAUAUCCUCUCUAACCACAACGCACAUCAAUCGAGGGUGGUGGAGGAGGACGUGGCGGAAACGGGCGAGGUGUGCCGUGGGAGAUGGGUCACUAAUGAUGUCAGUCCACUCCCUCGUGACCCGUACGACCCAGUCACGUCGCAGGCGGUCGGGCAGGACGGCACGCCCACGCCAGUGGUUUUUUCUCCGCAGUUUGACGAUGCCUUUGAGGAGCAAGUGGAAAAGCUGCGUCAGCUGCUGGAAAAGAAGUACGCGCUUGGCCUCUCCGACACGUGUGCCGGAUCCAGCCGGCGAAGCGGUUGUGCGUCAGGCGACGAUGCCGCAAAGAGGACGACCAAUGUGAAGAGCAACGCUGCAACUGAUGGUUCUGCUGCAGCAAAUGCCCGUGGCCAGACGUUGUGCGGCGGUGGGCGCACCGCGGAGGUGCCUGUUGCUGCGAGAGAAAAGCGGGAAGAACUACUCGCGGAAGCGCUGCGCUGUCAGAAGGAGUUGUAUCGGACCCACGCACGGCUCAGCGAAAUCAUGCAGGACCUUUGUGAGACUGAGCACUUCAGCAGCGACCCCACCGGCUGUGUGUAA